GCGGUUUCAGGUUAUUAAAACAAAAUGGCGGGCUUAGGGAAAAGAAUGGAAAAGAAGAAGGGGAAGGGAAAAGAACUACUCUUGCUGCUUUUACCUCCAGCCUUUCUAGACUCUCUCUCUCCAGAAAAGUUCACUGCUCUGUGUUUGCUCCUUUGAAGCUCUUUGUAUUUUCCACUCUCUUACUUGAAGCUCUUUUGCUUGGAGAAGGAAAUGGGAAGUUUGGAAGCUUUUUCAAAAGAUGUGUUUCCACCAGAAGCCAGCGUGCCAGAGCAAAUCCUGAUGUGGGUAUGGCCUAAAACUUCCAAUGAAUCAGCAUUUUGGACUCUGCUUUCUUGAAAACGCGGCUCAAGCAACUACAUUCUCUGUCUUGGCGAAACCCAACCUCCUUUCUAUCAGAAAAGGUUGAAGAGAUACCCCAAAAAACCGACCUUUUUACAUUCUGGCAACCCAUAUUUAUCUCCAACUUAAGGUUUAAUCAAAAGAACGAAGAAAAAGAAGCAGAGAGGAUGGGAUGUGUUGCUUCUAAGCUAGGUGAAGAAGAAGAAGUAGUAUCCAUAUGUAGGGAGAGAAAGCAUCAGCUCAAGCUAGCCGUUGAGAGAAGGUAUGCUCUCGCAGAAGCACAUUUUAGGUACUGUCAAUCUCUAUACGCAGUCGCAGCUGCCAUUAAGCUCUUUGUUGCUAGACACUCUUCACCUUCUUCACCUUUCCUCAUAACUUUCUCUCCACCUUGCGCCUCCCUAUCAACCCCAACCGAGAAUGUCACCAACAACACCAUGCUGCUCCAACAGAGGCCUUCUGAGUCCACCAAAGAGUCCAUCCCUUGUGAGCACUGUGAUUCCUCCACUCCUUCAGAUGACUCUUCAGAGGAAGAAACUGAGAAGAGAGUGAGCGCAGAAGAACAAAAACCAGUCUGCGGGUACUAUUAUAUGCAAAUGCCACCACCCAUGCCAUCUCCUCAGAGGGAUUUUGGGUGGGACUUCUUCAACCCUUUCUAUGGCAUGCGGCCGGACGUCAUGAGUGGGUAUAGGCAGAACUCUGAGGAUGAUCUGAGGGUUGUGAGGGAACAGGAAGGAAUACCAGAGCUGGAAGAAGAGGAAGAAGAAGCUGAAGAGAAUGGGGUUGAAGAAGAGAAAAAGGUGGUGGUUGUUGAAGAGAAUGUUGUGAGUGGAGGGGAGGCUAAGGAAGAGAGUGAUUCGGUUGAAAUGGUGAAGGUGGUGGACGGUGGCGGCUGUUUGGGCCAGGGUGAGCACAAGGGCUUAACAGUGAUUGACAUGCCUGAGAAGGGUAGAGAGCUUUUGGAAGCAUUGAAGGACAUUGAAGAUCAUUUCAUAAGGGCUUAUGAUUCUGGCAAGGAUGUCUCUAGGAUGUUGGAAGCUAACAGAGUGCAUCUGCAAUCUGGAUUAGAGGAAAUAAAAGAAAAUUCCACAAAACUUAUCCAAUCGUUAACGUGGCACCGAUCAACUUCAUCUAAGCCUACAUCAUGCAAAAGUCUGGUGGCCUCAAGUUCAAAGGGAUCCUCUACAUGGACCUCGUAUACGAAUGAAUUGUUUGAUGACUAUGGAGGGAUGGUUUCAGGAAGCCAUUCGCUCACGUUGGAAAGACUAUAUGCAUGGGAGAAGAAGCUCUACGAAGAAGUUAAGGCUGGAGACAACAUAAGAAAAUUGUACGAGAGGAAGUGUACGCGUCUGAGAAACCAAGACGUCAGAGGAGAUGAUGGACUGAUGAUGGACAAAACCAGAGCUGCAGUGAAAGAUUUAUAUGCUAGGAUCUUGGUUGCGAUUCGCAGUGCCGAGUCAAUUUCUAAAAAGAUUCAGAAGCUUUGCGACGACGAACUGCAGCCUCAAAUUCUUGAGCUUUUGAAAGGCCUUACUCAAACCUGGAAAAUUAUGCUGGAGUCUCACGAGACCCAGAAUAAGAUUCUUCUCGAAGUCGGUAACUUUGCUUGCCCCACGUAUGGAAAGUUCUGCAAUGACUCCCACCGGCUCGCGACGCUCCAGCUCGAAGCUGAGCUCCAGAACUGGCGUUCAUCCUUCACCGACUACAUCACAUCACAAAAGGCAUAUGUCGAAGCGCUUCAUGGUUGGCUUGCCAAGUUCCUAGCGCCCGAAGUCGAAUUUUGCUCCAACGGCAGGAGUUCUUCCGCGCCUUACCGUGUCAAUGGUCCCCUGUUGUUACCGAUCUGCCACGACUGGUCGGCCUCUCUGGAUAAGUUGCCGGAUAAGGCUGUGGUGUUUGCAUUGAAAAGCUUUGCAAAGGACGUGAGAGCUCUUUGGGCCCAACAAGGGGAGGAGCAGCGCCAGAAGAGGAAAGUGGAUGCGCUGGCAAAGGAAGUCGAGAGGAGGACAAUGUCGCCAUCAUUCCACAAGGCGGAGACCCGGUUUCUAGAGUUCAGGCCGAGCGAGGACAAAACUGAGCUCGAAAUCGACCAUCCCGAGCUCGCGACAGACAAGGGGGACUACUUGGACACGUUGAGGAGGAAGUUGGAAGCGGAGAAGGAGAGGCAUCAUAAUUGCAUGCAAGAAACGCAGAGGAUCACUCUGAACGGGUUUCAGACCGGGCUCUCGGUGAUCUUCAAGUCCCUGACGGAGUUCUCCGAGGCUUCUCAGAAAUUGUACAAUGAUCUUGUUUCUUACCGCGAGAGCGCAGAGAAAGCCGAAAGCAUAACAUGUCUAGAAGGCUCCCAAGCAGAGAAAGCCGAAAGCGUAACACGUCUAGAAGGCUCCCAAGCCGGAGGAGACGGCGAAAGGAGAUAAUGGUUGGACUUAAUAGUGACGAUCGGAGGUCUAAGCUUAUCGUGGUUGUGGCUGUAUAUUACCGGGUCGAGUCGAAGCGCCUUGCUGAGACUUGAUUUGUGUGCUUGUUUUCUCUCUCUUUUUACUUGGUAGGUCUUGGUUAAGGACGGUUAUUAAGAUGUCCUUGGUGGUCCCUUAUGGCCACCCCUUCGUUAAUUGUUUAUUGGCAAAUACGUGUUAGGAGAGUUUUGCCUGCUCUCUGGCAUUGUUACAUGCAAAUAUAUCUGAGCUAAGUUGGGCUAUUGUUUGUUGAUGGUCAAACUGAAAAUCUAC